AUCAAAAUUUUAUUUUAAAAGUACAUACCUAAUGUAAUAUACAUGAUAUAAAAUGUUUGCAAUCGAUACACAAUGAAAUACAACCGUCAGAAGAAUGAAUACCGAGACUCGUUAAUCAUUUUACAAACAAUCGAUAAUCACUGAUGUUCAGUCAAUUUUGUUUUACUUAACACUUAUUCUAGUAUUUGAAACAUAUUCUGAAAAUGUUACAAUUGAAUAUAUUUCAAGAGAGAAAUUACCACGUUCCGAUCCACAUGCUCAUUUCGGCUCAGUUCGUUAUCCAUUUUACCAACAAUCACUGAAGCUUGACUAGAUCACAGAUAUCAUGUAAAUGGAUAUGCUUUUAUAUUACGGUGAACAAACAAUACCUUCUAUGACGACGAAGUAAGCAACGAGGUCGCAUUUAAGUGGGUGACACUCAAAGCGAAAGUAGGACGACGGAAAGCAUCGUUGCAACCGGAAUAUUUGUUACAGAAAGCACAACAAGAUUCACCGCUAAAGUAUCUACACCAUGUCCUGGAUGAUGAUGCCGCCGUUAGGUUUUCCUCUGGAUUUCGCGUGGAACAGAUGUGGGCUCUUUUCGCCGGAAUCCUCAGCAAGUUCAACGUAAUCGUGAUACAUGCCGGAACCAACAACAUUCCAGUAGAAGAGCCGGAGACGACCCUUCACAGAUACAACUAUCUAAUGAAAACGAUCUGGGAUGCCAACCCUACCGCUAAGAUCAUCGCGUCGGCCAUCCUUCCCCGUGAUGUCAACUACUUCCAAGGAGCGGGCAAUGAUGUGGAUUUCCUGGACAUCUGUAACCGCAAAGCCGCAACCAUCAACGCUGGAUUGGAGAAGCUCGCCUCAACGAAAUUACAACUAGAAUUUUCCCCGCAUCCCUCCUUCGGAUAUAACAGGCGUACCGCGAACCGUAGGCUACUAUCCAGGGACGGUCUCCAUCUAACUCCACGAGGGAUCGAACAACUUUAUGAGGACACAAAGAAAGCCGUCAAUCUAACCGUGAGCGCAGUGAAGUGUGCUGUGUGAAUGAGGAAGUGUCUUCUGUGUGUUCUCUUAGUGUGUUCGAGGAGGAAGUGUCGUCUGUGCCUGAGUGUAUCUCCACCGCCUACAGGGAUGCGAUUCUUCGUGUACCCACCAACAACGUCGACGAAGAGCAACCGCCGUUUUCAUCAAACCUGGAUGACCUGGAUUCCUGGCCUCUACUACCUGUAUUUAGCAUCAUGUGUCUUCCCCCGUGCCAGCGAGGAAACCUAUGGGAAAGAGUGUGUCUACCCCCGGGAUGAAGAGUUUGCCCAUUUCUGUGAAAGAGAGUGUGUCAGCACCUGUACCUGCUUCCCUAAAAAGUGUGAAUAUGCCAGCGAGGGAGUCUGUGAGGAGUGUAUCUGCUUCUGUGAAAGAAAGUGUGAAUGUGCCAGCGAGAAAACCAGACUGAUACCGGUUUUGUCUUGUAUAGAAUUCCACAAGCUGACGUUUUGGCGGGGAAAUCUUGGCACGUCGCGAUGGGACUGACAGCCAUCCCUGGGUUCAUUAUCCCAUUUAAUCUCUAUGAGUUUGAACCUACUCUUUCAGAAGCAGUCAUGGCUGAUGUGUCUUUGUAUGUAUUGCCCCCGGAGACAAAGGUUGCCCUGUUGGACUGUCAGACAGCCUUCAAUGGAUUGACUGAUCAGGAAAGACUCUAUGCACAUUAUAUCUCUCAAGCCUCCUGGUAUGGAGGGCUGAUCUGCCUUAUACAGACCUCUCCCGAAUCCCCUGGGAUAUAUCUGUUGAUAAGCAAACUCUUCAGAUGUCAGAAAAUAGAAGAACUUCAAUCUGCAGCAGAGGCACAGGGUAUCACAAAAGAAGAAUACCAAGCAUUUCUGACUUAUGUUGCUGGGUUUCUGUCCAAUUCUGGGAACUACAAAUCAUUUGGUGAUAGUAAAAUUAUUCCAAAUCUUCCCAAAGAAAAGUUUGAGAAGAUUUUGAUGAGCAGCAAGGCAGCCAAGGAAAUCCAAGGUUUAUGGCAGGAAGUGUCCGAGCGAGUGUACUCUCUGGUGGACCGGCAGAGGGAGCUGGGACUGGGGAAAAGGUCAGACACCGAAACAAAGCUCACUUUAUUUGAGUCUACAUUUACACGUAUCACCCCACCUUUUUUUUUUUUUUUUUACAGGGAACUACGAAAUAUUACUCGUUGUAUGUCCAUUUAUGUUUAUCCCACUUUUUACAGAAAAUCACAAGCUAUUAUUUUCAAAGGGAGUAACUUAAUCCGAAGAGGAACUACUAGCUACUACUCUGAUAACUGCGAUUUAGUGGAUGCCAAAGUUGCCCAAGAGUUCAUGAGUUCCAAGGAUAUCAGUCCCUACAACACCAGGUUGUUUAAAACACAGGAGGGGGAACAAGAUUGUUAUGAAGUGCGACUAGCCAGCUCGAGUUCCUCAGGAGGUGAUUUGCCAGGGGUUAGUAAACUCAUUCUUGGAUCACAUGACUUCACUCCCAAGGAAACUGGAAAACCUUGCAUCUUUAAAGUUACUAGGGGAGACUACUCUGAUCUGAUGGCAUUAGUCUUGGAAAACCUUACCAAAGCUGUGAAUUAUGCUGCCAAUGAAACAGAGAAGAAGAUGCUGAAUGAAUACAUCAAUUCCUUUACAACAGGAUCCAUUCCUCAACAUAAAGAGGGUUCUCGACACUGGAUCCAAAACAAGGGACCAAUUGUGGAAACGUACAUUGGGUUUAUUGAAUCUUACAGGGACCCUUUUGGAGUACGUGGUGAAUUUGAAGGCUUUGUGGCAGUGGUGAACAAGGAGAUGAGCGCCAAGUUUACAGAACUCGUCAAUCAAGCGGAACACCUGCUACCACUCCUGCCCUGGCCAGCCGCUUUCGAGAAGGACAAGUUCUUGCGUCCGGAUUUCACCUCCCUUGAUGUAUUGACCUUCGGAGGAUCCGGAAUUCCUGCGGGAAUCAACAUUCCUAACUAUGAGGACAUCAGACAGGAUGAGGGCUUUAAGAAUGUCUCGCUUGGUAAUGUGUUAAUUGCUGGUUAUAAGGAGGACAAAGUCAACUUUCUAGAUGAGAAAGAUCAGGAACUCUUCCUAAAGUUACAAAUCCCGUCCUUUGAAGUACUUCUGGGUCUCCAUGAACUAUUGGGACACGGCAGUGGAAAGUUCUUCAUCAAGCAUGACGACGGUACUUACAAUUUCGACAAGGAAACUGUUGUAAAUCCAGAAACAAACGAGAAGAUUACACAGUGUUACAAUGAGAAUGAAACUUGGGACAGCAAAUUCUCCACAAUAUCUUCGUCUUAUGAGGAAUGUCGAGCAGAAUGUGUGGGAAUAUAUCUUUGUCUAAGUACAGACGUACUUAAGAUAUUCGGUUUUACUGGUGAUUCUGCAGAUGAUGUGAUUUAUAUCAGCUGGUUGACGAUGGCUCGAGCUGGUUUGCUUGCUCUUGAAUUUUACUCACCAGAGACUCGUGCAUGGAGACAGCCACACAUGCAGGCCAGUUUCUGCAUCCUAAGAGUGAUGCUGGAAGCAAGCCAAGGUCUUGUGACCAUCACCAAGACAACAGGGGAGGAUGGAAAAGACGACAUUCUUCUGAAACUGAACAGAUCCAAAAUUACUAGUGUCGGCAAGCCUGCUAUCGGAAACUUUCUGAGAAAGCUACAGGUCUACAAAAGUCUUGGAGAUGUUGAAUCCGGGAAGAAGAUGUACGAUUACUACUCUGAUGUCCAUGAUCGUGAUGAGCCACACUUCCUCAGCCUCCGUUCUAUUGUCCUGCAAAGGAAGCAACCAAGGAGGAUGUUUGUACAACAUAACACUGUUGUUAAGGGAACCACAGUUGAGUUGAGGAGCUAUGACGCCACUGCCGCAGGGCUUAUCCAGUCUUGGAUUGAACGAUUUCCAGAGAAGGACAUCGAACACAAAAUGAUGAAGUUAUGGGAGAAGGAAAAGCCCUAUUUCACCUUCUGAAAUGUGCACGUGACAUGCUAUAACCUUUUACUUUAGUGUAGUGAUUCAAGUGCUUUUCACUUUCAAACUGAAUAAUGUCAGGAACUGGCCAUUUGCAUUGUAGAUAUGUAAUGAAUAUUAAGGAAUUCAAAUUAAUUGAAUAAUCAGAAUUGAACAUGCAUUUUACUAUUAAAAUAAUGAUGAUAAUUUAUCUUCUUUGGAACAAAUAAUUCUGUGACACAUCAUACAAUGUAUCUAAAACAACAAUAAUGAUUAAGGGAGGUCCCUAGUCAAGGACCUACUUGUGAUUUCUAAAAAAAAAAAUUGAGUUUAAAUACUUAGAUUGUUCAUUUGAGGGUAUGAUAAAAACAAAAAAAUGGGGGGUUGUCAGUAUAAUGAGUAAAUUAUGGUAUUUUUAUUACGUGUACCCCCAUUUGUCAAACGGCAAUAUCAGAAUUCAUUGAAGAAGUUCUAAAAUAUGUCCAUAAAAUUUUGUUUGAGGUAUGAUGCUGCAAUUUUUUUCCUCAAAUACGACAUAAAUAUGUCUAACUAAAUAAUUAAAAGUGAAAUUUUAACACAGUUUCAUGUUUUUUAAUAAUGGUGGUACAAAAUUGAACCCAAUACAAUACAAUACAAGUCAAAAAUACGGCACUGCAACACCACUAAUAUGAAUAUUUUGAAAAUUUGAUUUGUGAUUUUUCAUUCAAACUCAUAUAUUAUGUUCACAUGUGAAUGCUUGUUAAAAUACAUUUAAAAAAUCUGCCCUUUCUCAGUAUAAUAUUUUCACAGCAUCUCAAUUUAUAUUUACAUUUUUUGGCCAAAAUAGCCAUUUUGAAGAUGAUUUUCGCAUAAUAGAAGAUAACAAAUAUAUAACAAGAUAACAAAUAUAUAACAAGUGCAGAAUUGUUUUAUUUAAUUCCACAAGUGCAUUAUUGCAUAUCAUGAAUUUCUUUUUAUUUACAGAUAAUUUUUAAAACAUGUAAUACCCCUGUAUAUCAAUUAAACAAAUAUGUACCUCUG